CAAAAGUCUUACGAUGGCCAAGAAAGAAAUCGUUUUCCGCGUGAGACACACAGGCGUCACCCGCGUAGCGUUGAUCAAGCGCACCUUGGACGAACGGUACGUGCUGGAACUGGACGGGCACCGAGCCACGUUGUCGCGCGAAGGGCACGGCCGUUGGCCGGCCGGAAGAACGGUCGACGCCCACCAGUCGGAAGACACCACCGCGGCCUCGGGCACCGGCGCUUGGACCCGGAUUCAUAUCAGCUAUAAAUUCGUGUACAAAUCAAGAUUCCGGAGUAUACACAUUUGUGGCACAGACACAGGGAGCUCCGAUAAUUGUGUUGAACAUUUAUGCCGUCUCCAUUACCAACGAACCAGUAUCAGUGUAUAUAAAAGAUUCGGUUCCUGUUCGGUGCAACGCAAUCGCAUUGGGUUACUUGUUCACCGGGUUAUCACAAAAAUGGAUUGUCAACGAUAG